ACCUAUCAAGAAUUAGUAUGACUGCUAAAAUGCACCGCGCCAUCAAAACGGCUCUCAGUCCACGAAGGUCUGCAACCAACCCUGUACUGCUGGAGUUCGCAGCCGAAGACCAAGUCGACGGUCGAUUCAAAUUCAACUUUGCACAAGAGCUCUUUUCAGAAAGUAUGGAUCUCGCCCACGAAGCACUCCACACACAAUUCAUUCAAGGCAUCAAGGCAGGCACGCUCGAUCCCACAGUUUAUGGUGGAUACACAGUUCAAGAUGCAGCCUAUGUCUAUAACGGUCAAAGAUGGGCAGAUCUGUUUGUAGAACUGAAUAAGAAAGCUGCCGGGAAAAAGGGUCUGUGUGAUCUGGCUAAUUUCGCACAACAUGAAGCCAAGUCAUGGCGCUCGUUUGCACAACAGUUGCUCAAGGACUGGCACAUCAGUGAGCCUUCUGCAGUAGUUCUCAAUAAAGCCGCCAAAGAUUACCAGAAAUUCAAAGAAGACGUUUUUACAUCGUAUCCGCCGUAUUACAUGAUCAUUGCUUUGCUGCCUUGUGAUAGGCUUUGGGCUUGGCUUGCAAAGACACUAGAGCCUUUUGCCACUAAACCCAAUCUUUAUGCUUUUUGGAUAACUGGAAAUAUCAGUACAAGUGACCACUGGAACAACUUUGUGAACUGCCAUGCUUCAAAGUUAGUGUUUAAAUGUUUUUAAAUAUCUGUGUUUAUAUAUAAUUGCAUACAUUGUUGGUAUUGUUGUUGUUGUCGUUGUUGUUGUUGUUGUGUAAGGUAACUUCCUCUUUUUUCAAGAUUGAAGUACAAAACAGCUCUUGAAGUGUUUCGUAAAGGAAUGAAGCACGAAGUAAAUUUUUUUCAGUCAGCCUUUGAUGCAAAUGCUUGAUGAAGAGCUGGCGACGUCAAACUGUGACAGAGUAACUCUCAGUAGUUGUUGCUAUAUUGCUGAUGCAUUAGCGUUCUAAAUCAACUGUUCGUGUCUCAUUUGCGAUAAAUGAAUUGCAUCUUGUGCUAAUUCAUAUUUGCAAAAAUAUCCAAUGUAGUUGCAUUUUUCUGAUUACAUACACAAUAUAUGUAGA